GACGCGUGUUACCCAGAGGAUGGCGGACGCUGGCUUGCGCCGCGUGGUUCCCAGCGAUCUGUAUCCCCUCGUGCUCGGCUUUCUGCGCGAUAACCAACUCUCGGAGGUGGCCAAUAAGUUCGCCAAAGCGACAGGCGCUACACAGCAGGAUGCCAAUGCCUCUUCCCUCUUGGAAAUCUAUAGCUUCUGGCUCAACAGGUCCACCAAGGCCCCGAAGCGGAAGUUACAGGCAAACGGACCAGUGAAUAAGAAGGCUAAGAAGAAGACCUCAUCCAGUGACAGCAGCGAGGACAGCAGUGAGGAGGAGGAAGAAAAAGCUCAGGGACCUCCAGCUAAGAAGGCUGCUGUACCUGCCAAGCGGACCAGUCUGCCUCAGCAUCCUGGAAAGGUUGUGGCUAAAGCAUCAGAGAGUAGCAGUGAAGAAUCCAGUGACGAUGAUGAGGAGGAGGAAGACAAAAAGAAAAAGCCUGUCCAAAAGGGAGUUAAGCCCCAAGCCAAGGCAGCCAGAGCUCCUCCUAAAAAGGCCAAGAGCUCUGAUUCUGAUUCUGACUCAAGCUCAGAGGAUGAGGCACCAAAGAACCAGAAGCCAAAGACAACACCUGUGGCAGCUAAAGCUCAGGCUAAAGCUCCAGCCAAGCCAGGUACGCCAGCUCGAGCAGCACCUAAAGUAGCCAAUGGCAAAGUAGCUAGCAACAGCAGCAGCAGCAGCAGCAGCAGCAGCAGCAGCAGCAGCAGCAGUGACGACUCAGAGGAGGAGAAGGCAGCAGCCAUCCCCAAGAAGGUCUGGGCCAUAGCUUCUAUCAGGGAAAAGACUGUACCUAAAAAGCAAGUUGUGGCCAAGGCCCCAGUGAAGGCAGCGGCUACUCCUGCCCUGAAGAGUUCCAGCAGUGAGGAUUCUUCUAGUGAGGAGGAAGAAGAGCAGAAAAAACCUAUGAAGAAAAAACCAGGUCCCUACAGUUCAGUACCCCCACCUUCUGCUCCCCCACCGAAGAAGUCCCUGGGAACCCAGCCUCUCAAGAAAGCUUUGGAGAAGAAACAGCCUGUGGAAAGCAGUGAAGAUAGCAGUGAUGAGUCUGAUUCAAGUUCUGAGGAAGAGAAGAAACCCCUAGCUAAGGCAGUCAUCUCUAAAGCAGCCACUAAGCCAGCUCCAGCAAAGAAGGCAGCAGAGAGCUCUUCAGAUAGCUCAGACUCCGACAGCUCUGAGGAUGAAGCUCCUGCCAGGCCAGCCAGUACCACCAAGAAUUCCUCAAGUAAGCCAGCUGCCACUACCAAGCCACCUGCAGCUAAGCCAGCUGCAACUCCUAAGCCACCUGCAGCUAAGCCAGCUGCAACUCCCAAGCAACCUGCAGGCAGUGGCCAGAAGCCUCUGACCAGAAAGGCGGAUAGCAGCUCCAGUGAGGAGGAGAGCAGUUCUAGUGAGGAGGAGAAGACAAAGAAGAUUGUGGUCACCCCAAAGUCCAAGGUGACUGCCAAAGCAGCUCCAUCUGUGCCUGCCAAACAGGCUCCUCAGGGUGGUGGGGACAGCAGCUCUGAUUCAGACAGCUCCAGCAGUGAGGAGGAGGAGGAGGAAGAGAAGAAAUCUAAAUCCCCAGUUAAGAAGAAGUUGCAGAAAGCAGCAGAAGGUGUAGCCCCUUCCAAGGCAGCCUCCACAAAGAAAGUAAAGGCCGAGAGCAGCAGCAGUUCCUCCUCUGAUGAUUCAAGUGAGGAGGAGGAAGAGAAGCCCAAGGGAAAGAGCAAUCUAAAACCACAAGCCCCCAAGGCCAAUGGCACCUGUACGCCGACUGCUCAGAAUGGAAAAGCAGGCAGGGAAAGUGAGGAAGAGGAGGAGGUGGAAGAAGAGGAAGAAAAGAAAAAGGAAGCAGUGGCAGUUUCCAAGCCAGGUUCAGGAAAGAAGCGGAAGCAAAAUGAGGCUUCCAAGGAGACAGAGACACCUCAAGCCAAGAAGAUAAAGCUCCAGACCCCCAACACAUUUCCGAAAAGGAAGAAAGGAGAAAAAAGGGCAUCAUCACCAUUUCGAAGGGUCAGGGAGGAGGAAAUUGAGGUAGAUUCACGAGUAGCAGACAACUCCUUUGAUGCCAAGCGAGGUGCAGCCGGAGACUGGGGGGAACGAGCCAAUCAGGUUCUGAAGUUCACCAAAGGCAAGUCCUUCCGGCAUGAGAAAACCAAGAAGAAGCGGGGCAGCUACCGGGGAGGUUCCAUCUCUGUCCAGGUCAAUUCCAUUAAGUUUGACAGUGAGUGACCUGGGGCCAUCCUUGGCGAAACAGGGGUGGUGAUCAGAGACUGCUCACUUUCUUCAGUGGACUUGAGAACCCUCAGCUCCUUUAGGGUAGGUUGUUGGCGAGGACAGAAGUUUAGAGUGGGUCCUAAGACUUUGCAACAUAACAUCCUCUCUGGUCCUUUUCUGUGUUUGUUGUUCCUAGUUUUGUACAGAUUUGUUUUUGAGUGUUGAGUGGCAGGAACAAGGUAAGGGGAAUGUUAUUUUUUAAGAAAAUUUGUUUUAGUUGCCAUCCCUUUCUUCCUGUUCUGUGGAAGUCCUCAUACUGAGAAGUUUGUAUAUUUUAUAUUAAAGCAUUUCCUCGUGA